UUACUUAGUGCCAACAUAAUUACAAGUAAAACUAAAGAAAUUAAACUCAGAUUUGCCUUAAAAUGACCCCAAUAAGGAUACAAUUUUUAAAAAUAAUUACAUCUUAAGGAUGAGAAAUAUUGUAACUCGUUAUUAAUUGAAAAUAAAGUACAAGAAAAACACAAGUGUGAUUUAAAGAAAAAAAAUAAUAAAAUAGAAAAUAAUAUUAAAAAGAAGACAUAAAAGUAUUCAAAAUGUUUUUAAAUUUAUUUAAGAAUAAUGGCGUCUUUAACAUUGAUUAUCGCCGGCAGUUACUAGCUUCAAUGAGUGCUACGAUCAUGUCACUGCUACAUGGCAUUGGUUUGGGAUGGCUCUCGCCCAUGUUACCAAAAUUGCAAUCUCCCGAAGAAACACCUUUCGACUUUGUAGUCGGUAUUCAUGAAUCAUCAUGGAUAGGCGCCACCAUUUGUAUAGGUGGUGUUUUAGGAAAUCUUCUUUUUCUUUCGAUAUUAGACCGUUUUGGACGUAAGAUUGCCAUGUAUGGUUUAGCAUUUCCGCAUAUGUGCCUUUGGUUGUUCAUUUACUUUGCUCAUUCAAUUGAAUUAUUAUAUGCUGCUCGUGUAUUUGGAGGUUUAACUGGAGGCGGUAUUUAUAUUGUGAUACCGAUUUUUAUAAGUGAGAUAUCUGAUCCCUCAAUACGAGGACGUUUAACAUCGCUAUUCGCAUUGACUCUCAAUUUGGGUGUAUUGAUCGGUUAUAUUUUAUCGUCAUAUGUUCCCUAUCAUAUUAUACCAUGGAUUGUUUUACCAGUUCCAGUAAUGUAUCUAAUAAUUGCAACAUACUUUCCCGAAACCCCUCAAUACUUAUUGCGCACAGGACGCGAAGAAGAGGCUAGAAAAUCAUUUAUGUUUUAUAAAAACAACAUCGAUCAGAGGGGUGCUGCGGAAAGAAUUACUGCACAGAAUCAGUUUGAAGAACUGAAAAUAGCAAUAACACAUCAAGAGAGCAAAAGUGAAAAACUCACUUUAGACGAUAUUUUCAAUCGAAAAGCUUUGAAAAUCAUCUGCACGGGUAUUGUACUUAUGAUUCUCAAUAUAUUUUGCGGAUCAUUUGCGCUGAUCAACUAUAUGUCAAGCAUUUUUACGGCUACCAAAACAGAGAUGCAUCCGGAUGUCAACACUAUAAUAAUUGGUUGUGUCCAAGUGUUUGGUACAUAUACGGCCACGAUAUUGGUUGAUCGAUUUGGCCGUAAGAUUCUUAUGAUUGUAUCUACAUCUGGUAUGGGCAUGGGUAUGGCAGCAUUCGGAAUGUAUGCCUUUUUCGCCGAGGAGACAGAUGUUGACCUGACACCUUACAGUAGCUGGCUUCCACUUUUGUUGAUGGCGUUAAUAAUAUUCUUGGCCAAUGUUGGCAUUAUUUCGGUUACUUUUGUUGUGUUAGUGGAAAUAUUACCACCCAAGAUUCGCUCCAUUGGAUCCUCCUUUUGUUUGGCUCUACUCAGUUUAUUCGCUCUAGCUCUUCUUCGAUUUUUCCCAGUAGCAAUGCAUUCAUUUGGACUAUCAGCCGCAAUGUGGUUUUGUGCUACAGUUUGCGCAUUUGGACUAUUCUAUAUCUCAGUGUUUUUAGAGGAAACAAAAGGCAAAUCAAUGAACAAUGAAAAAUAAUUACAAAUAUAUUUUUGUUUUUAAUGUAAUCUCAAUAAAUGUUGGCUAACAUA